AUGACUCACGAGUCCGUUUGGUUCAGCCGGCCCCGCAAGUACGGCAAGGGUGCCCGUUCUUGCCGUGUCUGCGCUCACCGCGCCGGUCUGAUCCGCAAGUACGGUAUGAACAUCUGCCGUCAGUGCUUCCGUGAGAAGUCCGCCGACAUCGGUUUCAACAAGGUUCGUUCCGUCUACACCCUCACCCGCGCCGACCUCGACCGAAUUCUGGAAUCGGGAAAUACCUUCCCCUUCACGAGGAACUUGUCGGCCACCCCCAUCAAUAACAGAAUCUAA